GUCAAUUUCGGCAAAAAUCUUCAAAACCCUAGCUCUUAAAUCGUUAGCUCAUUUCGCUUCCUAUAUAGAAAGCCGACGAAGGCCCUAGCGACGAUCUCUGCCCUCUCCAUCAUUCUGUCAAAAUGCCGCCGAAGUUCGAUCCUUCUCAGGUCGUCGAGGUUUUCGUCCGAGUCACCGGCGGUGAAGUUGGGGCGGCUAGUUCUCUCGCCCCCAAGAUUGGUCCGCUCGGACUUUCCCCAAAGAAGAUCGGUGAGGACAUCGCCAAGGAGACCUCUAAGGACUGGAAGGGCCUGCGUGUGACCGUCAAAUUGACAGUCCAGAAUCGUCAGGCGAAGGUUUCAGUUGUCCCAUCCGCCGCCGCCUUAGUCAUCAAGGCGCUCAAGGAGCCUGAGCGCGACCGGAAGAAGGUUAAGAAUAUCAAGCAUAGCGGCAACAUUUCGCUCGAUGAUGUGAUCGAGAUUGCUAAAAUCAUGCGCCCGCGCUCCAUGGCUAAGGAAUUGAGCGGCACUGUGAAGGAGAUUUUAGGAACAUGUGUUUCAGUCGGUUGCACAGUCGACGGCAAGGACCCAAAGGAUCUGCAGCAGGAGAUUGAUGACGGUGAUGUGGAGAUUCCUGAAGCCUAAGCCUGAGUGUGUAGGGUAAGGAAACAAGGACUCGAUUUCAGGAGUUUUUGAACUCUAAAUUUUCUUCCAUACUAGUAAUUAUGUUGUGCUUUUUUAAUUUUUGCCAUUAUGUUUUUGAGGAUUUUAGUUUCUUCAUCCAAGGAUUAUUUUGAUUUACAAUGAAUGCUUGAGUAGACGAUUCAAGGUAUUUCUUUUGGAUGAAUGUGCCCUUCAUCAUGAUCUGUCUUUGUAUGUUUUAAAUGAUUACUGUUCAAGCGUUUCCUAUUUCAA